GCGUUUCGCCACACUCACCGUAGCCCAUUCCUACCUCAAUGACAGGAGAAUACCGGGCUGUGAUAAAAGGGCGAUACGGAUGAAGGUUUACCACCGUGGUCACGAUUCUUGGAAGCACAUCCUGUUGAGCCUCAUGGCAUGGGAUAGGAUAUCAGGUGAGGCGCCACUAAGAACAAUUGACAACGGGUAUAGACGACCCCGUGCGGGCGGGCCAUCCAGUGAGUCUAACUCUGCGGCAAUCAGUAGUGGUGGUUGAAGAGAAGAACGAAGGUCGGGGAUACCAGAUGAUUGACGGGGAAGAAAAGGAAUGAAUGGGCACUAUGAAGGGGACCCGGAUGCAACUAUGGCAUGUUGCUCUCUGCCUACGGACCUCCACUGCUUUCUUGCCACAAGGAAAUUCUGGACCCAGAUUAAUAUAUCGCCUUGUUCUGUGAAGUUCGCGCGCACUAGACACGGUCUGAGGUCAGUACAAUUUUGCGGUGAGGAUCACUCCGUCCUGUCAUCCUUGCACGUUGAGCAUGCUUGUUCUUGCCAACUGGUCGUGUUCUCAGCACGUCUUGAUCAUGCUGAGACAUCCCAUUCCCUUCGUCCGUGGCUUCUUUUGAGGCUGUCGAAUUUUGUUUCACCUCCACUUUCGAAUGGCCCUCCCUGCCAGCCCUCCCCAUUUGCUUUCGAAUUCGUACCCAGUUCUUGUAGCUCGUAUUACCCUCCCCCCUACUUCCCCACGUUUCCCAAGCUCAAACUCCCCCCACCACAUUUACCGCUCCCAAGUCAUCCUAUGACGGGCGCUAACUCAUCAGCGCUGUUAGAAGGGCAGCUGGCAAGAAUGCCCUCCCCUGGGAGCAGCUUUGUUCUUCCCCCUAUUUAUCUUCC